AUGGGCAAUAAUAAUACCAGUCAUUCAACAUCGAAUCUCACGUCAUCUCCUCCUCCUCCGCCUCCUCUUUCUAAUGGUCAUCGUCCAUCGAAUUUCUUUGGUGCAUUUCUCUCUGGUCGUCGUCUAGACUUUACACUCUCUAAUAUGAGCACAUUACAUACCCAAUUGACCCAUUUUCAAUCACUUCCAGAUGCUGAAAUUGUCGAACUCUUGCGUGUUUUAUCUGAAUUUCUCAUUUAUUCGGAUCAACAUCGUGUGUCCGUGGCAUUAGAAGAUCAAGUGAGGUCGUCUGGAUCGGAUUCUUCGGAUUCUCACGAUAAGAAAACAAUGGAAAAUCCUGGUGCAUUAUUUGAUUACUUUGGAGAGAACAAUAUGCUUGCAUUAUUAGUGGAAUUAGGUACAAAGGAGCCGUCAUUUCCAGUACAGGUACAAUUGUUACAGACUAUGAGUAUCUUGGUCCAAAAUAUUGCUACACGCACGUCAUUGUACUAUAUUCUAAGCAACAAUUACAUUAAUCGACUUCUUGAAUGUCCAUUUGCCGUUGAAAGUGAUGAUGAUGUACGAGAUUGGUAUGUCACGUUGUUAAAAGCUUUAUCGUUACGACUGAACGAAGAAACAGUGCAGUUUUUCUUGGAUACUCAACAUGGAAAACACUUGAGUUUUCCACUGUAUACAAGAGCACUCAAGUUUGGACGCUUUAAUGAAACAAUGGUCAAAGUUGCCGUGAAAACAUUAACACUUAACGUUUUGAAAGUACCGGAUGCAAGAGUACGUCGAUUUGUAUUGCAGUAUGAUAAUCUAAAUUACUUUCGGGAUAUUAUUGAGAUGGCCAACGACUUGACAUUGACACUGCAAGGACUGCUGAAUAAUUGGCCUUCACCUGAGGAACACGUGCAGAGAACGGCAUAUGCGGAAAAACUAGAAGAAGCAGUGGACGCGUACAUUGAUCAUUGCUUCUAUCUACAGGACCUGUUGGAUGUGAAUGUACCGGAGUUGUGUUAUAAAAUCGGAGAUCUGCUUUUUUCCCGACAUAUUAGGUGCUUGUUGGCGACUAGUAUCCUGCCAGAUUGCGGACCCCCGCCACAACGAGUUUCGACACAGCUAGCGCUCUACCUGCUUACUAGACUUUUGGGCAUUUUGGAGCAUGCACCUCUCGUGAAUGCUAUUACUUUUAUGCUGAUGUCGCCUGACGCGGCAGAAGACUGUGAGUACUCAGCAGUAGAUCUUGGAACGGGGUUUAGACGGCGGCAUAGCAGCUUGCAUUGCUUGGAAUCGGUGGAUAGCAAUGACGACGAUGAAGAUACCGUGACAACAGACAACUCGCUACGACCGCUAUCUCCUCAACCUUAUUUGCGAUGGGAUACGGAAGCGCCUCCGAUGCAUGUGUUUCGUCCUCAUUCAGCAGCUACGUGCGAGUCAUCGUUGUGCUACGUUCAAACGCGCUUUGUUAUGGGUGAAUGGCCAAUCGAGGAGGUGAAAACAUUUGUCCCGCAGGGCACCAAUUGCUACCGCCAGUCUCUUCUCUCAUUGCUGUGUUCAAGCGAUGAGCGUCUCUCUUCUACAGUUGUGAUGCUUUUGCUAGCCAUUGUCAACAACAAGGCGGUAGACCAUGCUUUGCUACGGGAACUAGACAUGCUACCCUUGCGGCACCGCCACGGGAAUUUUGCGGAUUGUGGUGACAAGCGGACAACUGCUAACGGUCACGAUGAGUUCACGCAAUUGAACGAAAUCGAAGAUAUUGUCACGACCGACGGCUUGGUUCUACCAGCCUCUACAGCCCUGUCAUCGCCGUAUAAAUCUUCUGACUCGCAAGAAAUUCAAGAGGAGUCUAAAAAAGAUGUUAUCGUCGACAAGGUCGGUGUGGAAGAUUUUUCACUAAGCGAAGAUGAUGAUGAAGUGUCCAACGCUACUGAAAUAGACAAUGGUUUGUCGUGCCGUACCGACGCAUACCCCUUUUGGUUAGUCGAGCUGGCAUUGGAGGUCCUUGUGCAAAAGCAAAGCUCGCGCUUGUUUAGCACGCAACUGUGCGCGCGCUUGCUCGUGGAUAUUGCGGGGGACACACGCAUCCCGCCUUCCCGUUGCCUCACUCAGCAGCACGCUACAACACUUAAAAACAUUCACUCAAGUAGUGCAUGCCUUGUCAUGGAGAGUAUGCGCGGUGUAAUGGCUGACGUGGAUCUGUUCAUUUACGUGCUAGAAAAAGAGGUUGCAAAUUUUCAGCGGAACUGUUUUCCAAUGGAAUUGCACCUGGAUUCCUCGUCACCAUUUGAAUGCCUCAUUCCACUUGAGAAAGAGGAGGCUACUACCUCUCCAGCGUGGGCUGGUUCGCGGGACACAUUACCGCUGCGCUACCCCGCAAACGAAAUGGAAGAGUGUCGUAGAUCCAUGCGGGUGUUUCUUUCACUUCGAAAAUUGCGCGAACUCCUCGACCCAAGCUAUGUAAACGAUAGGCUGGAGCGGUUUGUUGUCUACCGUCACCCGCGUACAAGUGUACUUGCGAAUGCUGCGUGCGGUAGUGGCUCGUCAGCGCCAUUGAACGGUAUGGUAUCUCUCAGGUGCAUGUAUCGCGAACAGCGGUUUUUGCUGAUGCCGACGCGGCUUUUGAUGGUGAUGAAUCCCGAGGCAUUUGUACUUGUGGAAAAGAUCCCCGAUCAAAAUGACGACAGCAAGUUGCAUGAAGGGGAAGGAGAAGGCAUUGUAAAGGUAUUUGCACCAAUUCACCGCACUUACUGUACCAUGGAUCCACGAGAUGAUCGUGUAUUGCAAGUGUCGGUGCGCUCUACACUACCUGUUCCAGGUUGCCGAAGUGCCCGGAAAGGCCACCAGAACGCAUCGAGAUAUAAUCAGCUAAUGGACUGGAACGUUUUGUUGAUGUUCCCGACCUCGGAAGAAUGUGCCCAGGCUCAAGCACAUAUUAAUAUCAGUGGGACCGAGGUGCGCGCGUAUAAAAUGCACCACAUUGAGAAGAGCCUCAUAGCACAAGUAAAGGUGACUCAGUCGUGUAGCAACGAAUGGCGAAAGUUGUUUUUCACAAACGCUGCGUUAAACACAAUGGGCGGUAACAACGAGGACAAGAGCAGAGCUGAGAGUAUUGGCGACGACACAAAAGACAACGGUGCUGAAGGUGAAGACGAGGACGACGACGGAGAAGACGAAGAAGAAGAAGCAAUAGAAGAAAGAAGCGGAUAA